UUGGGAUUCCUUUUCUCUUCCAUUUCUUUUUUCUUCCUCCUUUCUUCUUCCUUUUUUUUCCUUUUCUUUCCUCCUUUCUCUGAAUUUCUCUUUUCUUCCUCCUUUCUCUUCCAUUUCUUUUUUUUUUUCGAUUUUUCUUUUUCCUCCUUUUCUUCCAUUUUUCUUUUUAAAAAUUUCCUCCUUUUCUUUCUUCCUUUUUCUCCAUUUUUUUUUUCCCCUUUUCUUUUCCUUUUCUUUCUUUUUCUUCCUUUUAUCUUUCUUUCUCUUCCAUUUUCUCCUUUUCUUUUCCUCCCUUUUCUUCUUUCCUUUUUUUUCUUUCCUCUUUCUUUCUUCCUUUUCCUCCUUUUCUUCCUCUCCUUUUCUUCUUCCUUUUCUUCUCAUUUCUUUUCUUCUAUUUUUCUUCCUUUUCUUCCUCCUUUUCUUCUCCAUUUUCUCCUUUUCUUCAUUUUCUUCAUUUCUCCUUUUCUUUUCCUUAAAAAUUUCUCCUUUUUUUUCCUUUUUCUUCAUUUUCCUUUUCUUCCUCCUUUUUUCCACCAUUUCUCCUUUUCUUCCUCCUUUUUUUCUUUCUCUUUUCUUCCUCUUUUCAUUUUUUUUCUUUCAUUUCCUUUUUCUCUUCCAUUUUCCUUUUUUUCCUUUUUCCUCCUUUUCUUCAUUUCAUUUUCUUUUUUUCCUCUUUUUCUUCAUUUCCUUUUCUUCCUUUUCUUUUCUUCUGAAAAAAACAUUUCUCCUUUUCUUUUUCUUCUCCUUUUUCUUUCCUUUCUUUUUCUUUUCUUCCUUUUCUUCCUUUUUUCCUUUUUCAUUUCUUUCCUCCUUUUUUCUCCUUUUUUCCCUCUUUUCUUUCCUUCCUCCAUCCUUCUUUUUCUCUUUUCUUCAUUUUCCUUUUUUCUUCCUUUCCUUCUUUUUCUUUCCUUCUUUUCUUCCUUCUUUUUCUUUUCUUCCUUUUAUUUCAAUUUCUCCCUUUUUUUUUUUUUUCUCCUUUUCUUCCUCCUUUCUUCUUCAUUUCUCUUUUUUUUCUCCUUUCUCUUCCUUUUCAUCUUCCUUUUUGUUUUCUUUUUCUUCCUCCUUUCUUUCUCCUUUUCUCCUUUUUUUUUCUUCCCUUUUCCUUUUCUUUCCUUUCUCCUCCUUUUUUUCUUCCUUUUUUUUUUUUCUUCCUCCUUUUCUUUUCCUUUCUUCUUUUUUCUUUUUCCACCUUUUCUUCCUUUUUUUUCUUCCCCCUUUUUCUUUCCUCCUUUUCUUCCUUUCUUUUUCUUUCCUCCUUUUCUUCCUUCUUUUUCUUCUCUCCAUUUCUCCUUUUUUUCUUCUUUUCUUUCUUUUUCCCCUUUUUUCUUUCCUCUUUUUUCUUCCUUCUUUUUCUUUCCAUUCCUCUUUUCUUUCAUUUUCUCUUCUUUUUUUUUUUCUCUUUUCUUUCUUCUUCCAUUUUUUUAUUUUCUUCCUUUUUUUCCUUCUUUUCCUUCUUUUUCUUUUCUUCCCCAUUUCUCAUUUCUCCUUUUCUUUUCCUCCUUUUCUUCCCCCUUUCUUCCUUUUUUUCUUUCCUCCUUUUCUUUCUUUUUUUCUUUCCUCCUUUUCUUCCUUCUUUUUUUUCUCCUUUCUUCUUCCUUUCUCCUUUCCAUUUUCCUUUUUUUCUUUCUCCUUUUCUUUCCUUUCUUCUCCUUUUUUUUUUUUUUUUCCUUCCAUUUCUUUUCCCUCCUUUUCUUCCUUUUUUCCUUUCCUUCUCCCAUUUUUCUUCCUCCUUUUUUUUUCCUUUCUUUUUCUCUUUUUCUCUUUUCUUCCUCCUUUUUUUCUCUUUUUCUCCUUUCUCCUUUUCUUCCUUUUUCUCUUCCUUUCUUUCUUUCUUCCUUUUCUUCCUCUUUCUUUUUCUUCCUUUUUUUUUUCCUUUUCUUCAUUUCUUUUUCCUUCUUCCCCAUUUCUCCUUCCUUUUUCUUUCUCCUUUUUCUUUCCUUUUUUCUUUUCUCCAUUUUCUUUUUUUUCUGCUUUUCAUUUCUCGAUUUUCUUUUCUUUCUUCUCCUUUUUUUCCUUUCCAUUUUCCUUUUUUCCUUUUCUUUUUCUCCUUUUCUUUUUCUUCUCCAUUUCUUUUCUUCCUCCUUUUCUUCCUCCUUUUCUUUCUUUCUUUUUCUUCCCCUUUUUCAUUUCUUUUCCUUUUCUUCCUCCAUUUUCUUUUCCCCCCUUUCUCUUUCAUUUUCUUUUUCUUCCUCCUUUCUCUUCCAUUUUCUUUUCUUCUUCCUUUUUUCUUUUCUUUCCUUUUCUUUCCUCCUUUUCUUCCUCCUUUUUUCUUUUUCUUUUUCUCCUCCUUUUUUCUUUCCUCAAUUUUUUCUUCCUUUUUCUUCCUUUUCCUUUUUUCUUUCCUCCUUUUCUUCCUCCUUUUCUUCUUUUUCUUUUUUCUUUUUCUUCCUUUUUUUUUCCUUUUCUCUUCUUUUCUUUUCUUCCUUUUCUUCCUUCUUUUUUUCUUCCUUUUUUCUCCUUUUCUUCUUUUUUCCUUUCUUUUUUCUUUCUCCUUUUCUUCCUCCUUUUUCUUCUUUUCUUUCUUCCUCCUUUUUCCUUUUUCUCCUUUUCUUCCUCCUUUUUUCAUUUUCCUUUUUUCUUUUCCUCCUUUCUUUCUUCCUUUCUUUUUUCUUCCUUUUCUUUCUCCUUCUCUUUUUUCCUUUCUUUCUUCUUCCUUUCUCCUUUUCUUUCCUUUUUUUUCCAUUUUCCUUUUUUCUUUUUUCUUCUCCCUUUCUUUUCCUUUUUUUCUUUUUUCCUUUCCUUUUUUUCCUUUCCCCUUUUCCAUUUCUCCUUUUCUUCAUUUCUUCUUUUCUUUCUUUUCCCCAUUUCUCCUUUCUUUCCUUUUCUUCCAUUUCUUUUUCUUCUUUUUUUCUCCAUUUUCUUUUUCCUUUUCUUUCUCUUUUUUUUUUCUUUUUCUUCCUCCUUUUUUCUUCCUUUUUUUCCUCCUUUUUUCAUUUUCCUUUCCUUUUUUUUUCCAUUUCUCCUUUUCUUUUCUUUUCUUUCCAUUUCCUCCUUUCUUCUUUUUCAAUUUCUCCUUUUCUUUUCCUCCUUUUUUUUUUCAUUUCUUUAUUUUUCCUUUUCUUUCCUGAUUUUCUUUUCUCCUUUUCUUCCUUUUCUUUCAUUUCUCCUUUUUCUUCUUUAUUUUCCUUUUCCUCCUUUUCUUUCCAUUUCCUUUCUUCCUUUUUCUUCCAUUUCCUUCUCCUUUUUUCUUUCCCCUUUUUCUUUUUCACCCUUUUCUUUCCUUUUUUCCCAUUUUCUUUUCUUCCUCCUUUCUUCUUUUUCUUUUCUUCCAAUUUCUCCUUUUCUUCCUCCUUUUCUUCAUUUCUUUUCUUUCCCCCUUUUCAGAUUUCCUUUCUCUUUUCUUAUUUCUCUUCUUUUCUUUUUUUCUUUUUUCCUCCUUUUCUUCCAUUUUUUUCUUUUCCUUUUUCUUUUCUCCUUUUUUUUUAUUUUCUUUCUCUUUUUUUUUCUUUUCUUUUUUCCUCUUUUCUUCUCCUUUCUUCCUUUCCAUUUCCUUUUUCUUUCUUUCUCGUUUUUCUUUUUCUCCCCUUUUUCCUUUUCUUCAUCUUCUUUUUCUUUCUUUUUUCUCCUUUUCUUCCUUUUCUUUUUUCUUUCCAUUUCUUCCUCCUUUUCUUUUUCCUCUUUUUCUUCCUCCUUUCUUCCUUCUUUUCUCCUUUUUUUCUUUCCUCCUUUUCUUCUUCCUUCUUUUUUCUUCCUCCUUUCUCUUCCAUUUCCUUUUUCCUUCUUUUUUCUUCCUCCUUUUUCUUUCCAUUUCUCCUUUUCUUCCUCCUUCUUUUCCAUUUUUUUUUUUUCUUCUCCAUUUUUUUUCUUCCUUCUUCUCCUUUCCUUUUCCCUCCUUUUCAUUUCUCCUUUUCUUUUUCUUUUUUCCUUUUCUUCUUUUCCUUUCUUUUCCUUUCUCUUUUCUUUCUUUUUUCAUUUUCCUUCUUUUUCUUUUCCCCCUUUUUUUCUCCUUUUCUUCCUCCUUUCUCUUCCAUUUUCUCCUUUUCUUUCCUCCUUUCUCUUUUUUUUCCUUUUCUUCUCUUUUUUCCUUUCUUUUCUCCCUUUCCUCCUUUUUUCUCCCUUUCUUUUUUUUUCCUUUUCUUCCUCCUUUUCUUCAUUUUCUUUUCUUCCUUUCUUUCCUUUUCUUUUUUCCUUUUUUUCAUUUUCUUUUCUUCCUUUCUUUCUUUCUCCUUUUCCUUUCCUUCCUUUUUCUUUUCUUCCUCCUUUUUCUUCCCCUUUUUUCCAUUUUUCCUUUCUUUUUCCUUUUCCCUCCUUUCUUCUCCUUUUCUUUUUUCCUCCUUUCUCUUCCUUUCUUUUUCUUCCCCUUUUCUCUUCCAUUUCUCCUUUUCUUCCUUCCUUUUUUCUUUUCUUCCUCCUUUUCUUCCAUUUCCUCCUCCUUUUCUUCCUUCUUUUUCCUUUUUCCUUUUUCCUUUUCUCCUUUUCUUCCUUCUUUUUUCCAUUUUUCCUUUCAUCCUUUCAUUUUUUUCUUUCUCCUUUCUUCAUUUCCUUUUUUUUCCUUUCUCUUCAAUUUCUCCUUUUCUUCCUCCUUUUCUCUUCCAUUUCUCCUUUUCUUCCUCCUUUUUCUCCCAUUUUCUUUUCUUCCUCCUUUCUUCUCCAUUUUCCUUUUUUUCCUUUUUCCCAUUCUUUUUUUCCUCCUUUUCUUCUCCUUUUUUCCUUUCAUUUCUCCUUUUCUUUCCUCCUUUUCUUCCUUUUUUCUCCUUUUUUCUUCCUUUUCUUCUUUUCUCCUUUCCUCUUUUCCAUUUCUCUUUUUUUCUUUCAUUUCUCCUUUUCUUCUCCUUUCCUCCCUUUUUCCUUUCUCUUCUUUUUUCUCAUUCUUUUCUUCCUUUUUUUUUUCAUUUCUCCUUUUCUUUCCUUUUCUUUCAUUUCUCCUUUUUUCCCCUCCUUUUCCAUUUCUCCUUUUCUUCCUCCUUUCUUCCAUUUUUCCUUUUCUUCCCUUUCUUUCAUUUCUCCCUUUUCUUUUCCUCCUUUUCUUUUUCUUUUUUUCUCUUUUUUUUCUUCCUCCUUUUCUUCAUUUCUUUUUCUUUCUCCUUUUCUUCCUCUUUUUUUUCUUUCCCUUUUCUUUUUCUUUCCUUUUCUUCCUCCUUUCUCUUCCAUUUCUUUUUUUUUCCUCCUUUUCUUCUUUUCUCCUUUUCUUCCUCCUUUCUCCAUUUUUUUUCUUCUCUUUUCUUUCCUUUCUUUUCUUUUCUUCCUUUUCUUCUUUUUCCCCUCCCUUUCUCUUCCAUUUCUCCUUUUUUCCUUUUCUUCAUUUCUCCUUUUCUUCCUCCUUUUUUCUUUUCCUUUUCUCCUUUCUUUUCCUCCAUUUUCUUCCUUCCCAUUUCUUUUUUUUCUUUUCUCUUCCAUUUUCUUUUCUUCCCCUUUUCUUCUUUUCUUUCCUUUUUCUCCUUUUCUUUCCUUUUUCUUUUCUCCUUUUUUCUCCUUUUCUUCCUUUUCUCCUUUUUCUUCCCUUUUCCUUUUUUCCCCUUUUUUCUUUCCUGUUUUUUUUCCUUCCUUUCCUCCUUUUCUUUCUUUUUUCUCCUUUUUCUCCUUUUUUCUUCCUCCUUUCUUUUCCAUUUCUCCUUUUCUUCCUCCUUUCUCUUCCAUUUCUCCUUUUCUUCCUCCUUUCUCUUCAAUUUCUCCUUUUCUUCCUCCUUUCUCUUCCAUUUCUCCUUUUCUUCCUCCUUUCUUCUCCAUUUCUCCUUUUCUUCCUUUCUCUUCCUUCUCCUUUCUUUCUCUUCAUUUCUCCUUUUCUUCCUCCUUUCUUUUCCAUUUCUCCUUUUCUUCCUCCUUUCUCUUCCAUUUCUCCUUUUCUUCCUCCUUUCUUCUCCAUUUCUCCUUUUCUUCCUCCUUUCUUCUCCAUUUCUCCUUUUCUUCCUCCUUUCUCUUCCAUUUCUCCUUUUCUUCCUCCUUUCUCUUCAAUUUCUCCUUUUCUUCCUCCUUUCUCUUCCAUUUCUCCUUUUCUUCCUCCUUUCUCUUCCAUUUCUCCUUUUCUUUCCUAAUUUUCUUCUUCCAUUUCUCCUUUUCUUCCUCCUUUCUCUUCCAUUUCUCCUUUCUUCUCCUUUCCAUUUUCCUUUCUUUUCCAUUUUCUCCUUUUCUUCUCCAUUUCUCCUUUUCUUCCUCCUUUCUCUUCAUUUCUCCUUUUUUCUCCUUUUCUUCCUCCUUUUUCUUUCUUUCUUCUUUUCUCCUUUUUCUUCCUCCUUUUUCUUCUCCAUUUCUCCUUUUCUUCCUCCUUUUUUCUUCUCCCAUUUCUCCUUUUUCUUCCUCCUUUCUUCUUCCUUUUUUUUCUCCUUUUUCUUCCAUUUCUCCUUUUCUUCCUCUUCAUUUCUCCUUUUCUUCAAUUUCCUUUCUCUUCCAUUUCUCCUUUUCUUCCUCCUUUCUCUUCCAUUUUUCUUCCUCCUUUUCUUCCUCCUUUCUUUCAUUUCUCUUUUCUUCCUCUUUCUUCUUUUCUCCUUUUCUUCCUUUCUCCUUUCUUUCUUUCUCCUUCUUUCUCCAUUUCUCCUUUUCUUCUUCCUUUUCUCCUUUUCUUCCUCCUUUCCUUUUUUCUUCUCCUUUUCUCUCUUUUCUUCCUCCUUUCUCUUUUUUUCUCCUUUUCUUCCUCCUUUUCUCCAUUUCUCCUUUUUUUCUCCUUUUUUUCUUAAAUUUCUUCCUCCUUUUCUCUUCCAUUUCUCCCUUUCUUUCUCCCCUUUUCUUCCUCCUUUUUUCAUUUUCUUUUCUUCUCCUUUCUUCUCCAUUUCUCCUUUUCUUCCUCCUUUCUCUUCCAUUUCUCCUUUUCUUCCUCCUUUUCUCUCCCAUUUCUCCUUUUUCUUCCUUUUCUCUUCCAUUUCUCUUCCAUUUCCCUUUCUUUUCAUUCCUCCUUUUCUUCCUUUUUCUUUCUCCUUUUCUUCCUCCUUUCUCUUCCAUUUCUCCUUUUCUUCCUCCUUUCUCUUCAAUUUCUCCUUUUCUUCCUCCUUUCUCUUCCAUUUCUCCUUUUCUUCCUCCUUUCUUCUCCAUUUCUCCUUUUCUUCCUCCUUUCUCUUCCAUUUCUCCUUUUCUUCCUCCUUUCUCUUCCAUUUCUCCUUUUCUUCCUCCUUUCUUCUUCCAUUUCUCCUUUUCUUCCUCCUUUCUUCUCCAUUUCUCCUUUUCUUCCUCCUUUCUCUUCCAUUUUUCCUUUUCUUCCUCCUUUCUUCCAUUUCUUCCUUUUCUUCCUCCUUUCUCUUCCAUUUCUCCUUUUCUUCCUCCUUUCUCUUCCAUUUCUCCUUUUCUUCCUCCUUUCUCUUCCAUUUCUCCUUUUCUUCCUCCUUUCUCUUCAAUUUCUCCUUUUCUUCCAUUUUCCUUUUCUUCCCUUUUUUCUCUUCCCUUUUCUUCUUCCUUUCUCCUUUCUUCUCCUCUCAUUUUCUUUUCUUCUUCCUUUCUCUUCAAUUUCUCCUUUUCUUCCUCCUUUCUCCUUUUUUUCUUUCUUUUUCAUUUUCCUUUCCUCCUUUUUCUUUCUUCUUUUCUUUUCCUUUUUCUUCCUUUUUUUUCCUUCCUCCUCCUUCUUUCAAAAUUUUCUCCUUUUUCUUGAACUUUUCCUUUCUUCUCCUUUUCUUCCAUUUCCUUUUCUUCCUCCUUUCUCUUCCUUUUCUCCUUUCUUUCCUUUCUCCUUUCUCUUCCUUUUUCUCCUUUUCUUCCUCCUUUCUUUCCAUUUUCCUUUUCUUCCUCCUUUCUCUUCCAUUUCUCCUUUUCAUUUUCCUUCCAUUUCUCCUUUUCUUUCUUUCUUCCAUUUCUCCUUUUCUUCCUCCUUUCUCUUCCUUUUUUUUCCUUCUUUUUUUCUUCUUUUCUUUCUUUCUCCAUUUCUCCUUUUCUUCCUCCUUUCUCUUCCAUUUCUCCUUUUCUUCCUCCUUUCUCUUCCAUUUCUCCUUUUCUUCCUCCUUUCUCUUCCAUUUCUCCUUUUCUUCCUCCUUUCUUUCUUUCCUUUCUUCUCUCCUUUUCUUCCUCCUUUCUUCUUCCAUAUUUUUUUCCUUUUCUUUCCUUUCUCUUCCAUUUUUCCUUUUCUUCCUCCUUUCUCUUCCAUUUCUCCUUUCUUCCUCCUUUCUCUUCCAUUUCUCCUUUUCUUCCUCCUUUCUUCUCCAUUUCUCCUUUUCUUCCUCCUUUCUUCUCCAUUUCUCCUUUUCUUCCUCCUUUCUCUUCCAUUUCUCCUUUUCUUCCUCCUUUCUCUUCCAUUUCUCCUUUUCUUCCUCCUUUCUCUUCCAUUUCUCUUUUUCUUCCUCCUUUCUCUUCCAUUUCUCCUUUUCUUCCUCCUUUCUCUUCCAUUUUCUUCCUCCUUUCUCUUCCAUUUCUCCUUUUCUUCCUCCUUUCUCUUCAAUUUCUCCUUUUCUUCCUCCUUUCUCUUCCAUUUCUCCUUUUCUUUUUCCUCCUUUUUCUUCCUUUUUCUCCAUUUUUCUUUUUUCCUCUUUUCUUUCAUUUUUCCUUUUCUUCCUUUUUCCUUUUCUUCCUCCUUUUCUUCCAUUUUUCUUUUUCCUUUUUCAUUUCCUUUUCUUCCUCCUUUCUUCUCCAUUUCUCCUUUUCUUCCUCCUUUCUCUUCCAUUUCUCCUUUUCUUCCUCCUUUCUCUUCCAUUUCUCCUUUUCUUCCUCCUUUCUUCUCCAUUUCUCCUUUUCUUCCUCCUUUCUCUUUUUUUUUCCUUCUUCUUCCUCCUUUCUCUUUUCUUUUCUCUUUCUCUAGGUUUUUUUUUUAUUUUUCUUUUUUUAUUUUAG